CUCACAGUGACAUUUUGAACUGCUGCAUCCCCCGUAGAAGUUGUGGCUGAGACAUUGCAUUCGCAAUAUUUCUCUGUCUUUCUGCUCCUGUCACGCCAAGUUUUUAAGUAAUUUAUUACGUACAUCAACACAAGAAGAAGAACUCUCUCUUUCUGUCUGCAUUUUGUGUAGACGGCAACAUUGUCAUUGUUGCUCCCCGCAACUUAUGAUUUAAGCGACCCCUAGUAUAAUUUUCCUUUCGCAUUUGAGCAUUUCUAGUUUUGCUUUUGACUGUUAAUCAACCUAAUACAAGUAGAUCUAACGAGGCCCCCCGGCACGCAGUAGGUCCUAAACUUUCAGUAAAUUAUUAUAUCAACGAUAAGAAAGCACGUUGCCGAGGUGGAUUUGUUUUCCUUCUUUUUUUCAUCUUAUUUCAGAACGAACUGCACUCUAUCACCGAAGUUGUGGAGGUAUCCCUUCCACUAAAACUGCAAGCGAUUUAUUUUUACUUCGUAUACUUUGCCAACGGCGAAAAUCAAAGAGGGAACCACGGGGAGAGCCGAGCUGGAGUUGCACACGACGCCGGCUGCAGCUCUCCCGCUGUUUUUCAUACAUCUGGAGACGAGGACCACCUCUACAAACAUAAGUACGAUAUUUACAUACGAACACCGAGAGGAAAGACUUCAUCACAACUACGGGGAACCGCGUCGACAAGAAAAAAAUAGUACGGCUCCUCGUACAACAGAAUCGUACGCAAGAACGACAUUUUCGAAACAAACAAAUUGUGGACCACCACGAACAAGUUGCGGCAAGACCCCGCCAACAAGCAACCCGGCACAGCAGCUAUGAUGUGGCUGUCAACAUUUUUCACCCACGGAAGUCGGAGCACGACGAUCGGUAGCACCAGCCGGCCGGUACUGGCAGUGGUCGGCGUGGUGGGACUUCUCCUUCUCUUUCUCAGCAUUGCGGGAAUAACCCAAAUAGCGGAAGCGAUCCAGCCCGGCGCACUGGUCACGGGAAGUACUACCGAAGCAUCUACUUCUUUGAUUACCUCAACAAAAAGGAGUUCAGGCGGUGUUCCACCUGGCGAUGGUCCUCUUCCUCCUGCUGGUGCAACACUUCUACCAGGGGAGCAGGAACAAGAAGUUGACAAAGCGAAAAACUCCGUGUUGACCACUCUCGAUCCGCCCAAUCCCGGUGCUGACGAAGCGUCGAAGGAGCGCUCCUUUGCUGCGGAACACAAAAAUGACCACAACGCAGCUCAUCUCGCAGGAGCUGAGCAGCCAAGCAGCUCCGCCCCGGCUACAGCUUUUUCCUGGCUUCAGUACCAGCACCUUCUACCCAGCUGGUUGGGAGGUGGAGGGGGACGAAGUGGUGGGCAACAGGCCCUUUCUUCCGCAGGGACUGCUACACCGCGCCGGUUCGGAAACCUGCGUGGCUCGAAAAACAAACACGCCAGAGCACAAGAAGCUCUGGCAGGUGGCACACCCACAGAUGGUGGGGCUGUACCAUCUUCUUCUCUGACGCCGGAGGACCUUCCCGGGGGCAGUUCUCCGUUCAGUCCUGAUGCUGCGAUGCCGGCGGAGCAGGAGGCCUCGGCGCUUUUAUGCAUUGCAAAAGUAUCGUACUAGUAGUAAUCGCAUUACACAUUGGCUCAGCAUGACAAAUGGAAUUUGUCAUGCUGUUUUGCCUUGGGUUGGAGAUUUGUAAUGCAUGACUGCGAGUACUACGAGUGCGGUGUUUUUACGCAGGAUAGCUUUCCCGCCGAAGCAGCGAUCUUCUUUCUGACGACGCACCUAUGGAGUUUCGCUCCGACGCUGGAGACGGUAUGCAUUGCCAAAAUGUCUGGGUCUGGAAGGAUGCAAGGUUUGCCAUGCUUGUCUGGCAUGACUGAUACGGAACAGUCUGGGAUGCGUGUCCAAGAACAAGAGACCUUUUUGCUUGUCAUGCAACAACGCUGCAGUCCCAGUCUGUCUCUGUCAUGCGGAAAACGAAGCGCUAAGCUCCCGCGCAAAUAUUUCUCAUGCUUGGCUGUGCAUUGAUUACUCAGAGCGAGAGCGUUCACUAUGCACGCCUCAUGAAUGCAAGUUUCCAGACCCAGACAUAUUUGCAGUGGAUAGACGGCGGAGGGAACCAAUUCGCAGCAGGAUCAGGAACGAAGCGGGGUGCUGAGAACGCGGGGUUUCUGGAAAAGGAAAAAGCCACCGGAAACACGAACGCAAACUCGGCCGCAGCUUUAUCGUACAGAAAAGUACAACAUGACAGUGUCUCACUACAGCUAGCUUUAUGUGUUCCCAAGCUGCCCCUCUAUGGCUGCAGUUGUAGAUGUAGUGGCAGCUCUAGGCGGCCCAGUAAAAGAAAAAGAAAAUUUGCAAAGUGCUGAAAUGAUGCCGAAAAACUCAACUUUUUCUCCAUGAUGCGAAAUGUAGUGCAGAAGCGGCCUUUAUUUCUAUCGAGACGUGGGACUUCUGCCCCUAGCUCUACCCCUACCCUAGUGGUCAUGUCAGUGAAAGAAAAGUUGUAGACACGGAAGUAUGAGUCAAUGCGUAUGGGUGUAAGUAGUAUCUGUUAGUGUACUUUUCUGUAGCAUAGUAUCAAGCUCGUGUUGAGCAUCAAAACGAAAACACGUACUGCAACGGAGAUUCCUGCUCCUCUCCCUCGCCGUCCUCUACUACGGGGACGACUGGCAGAACGACCGCCGCGGCGGGGCGCUCUACUGCUGUGCAGCAGCAAGAACAACUGCAACAGCAGCAGCAACUUCACGCGAGCCCCUCGGUUGUCAGCACCGGCACCACUUCUACACCGGACGUCGAGCGGCUGCAGAAAGAGCUCCGAGUACGAUCAUGUUGAAUCUGAAAGAUGCACUUUUCUGCUUACGACUUCAUCAACGUGCUCUGGCAUAUUAAGUAGCAACAGCAACAACACGAUUCCGAUUGAAAUAAAUUAAUGAAGAAUUACAACUUCUUCGCUAUGAUAAACCUUCAGCUCGUCCUUCUGCAAGGCGUUUUUACAAUGUCGAGGAACAGUCUGUGUUUCCAAUCGAUGAAGAUGACAUGACAUAUGGAAGAUUGACUUCUUUUCCACGAGCAGUGAGUACAGAAGUUUUUUAUUUUUUCAAGCGAUCAAAAUAUCAUCCUUUUUCCUUUUUGUUAAUUUUACAGGCGGCCCUGGGGAAAGUGACGGAGUUGGACAAAGCGCUGAAAAAUGUUAUCCCGCGGAAAAACGUCCCCGCUCUGUCUCCUGUGGGUGAGGCAAGUUGUUUCUGGUUUCGAUGCAGCAAAUUUCGCUACUCAAGUACACAUAUUUUUGUUAGUGGGUGUGGCUGGGGAGUAGCACGCAUUGCCUCAGGGUUAAGUAGUUGUGUUUCGGACUCGGAGAUAUUGCUGCAUCAUAACGCCGCGUUGUAUGAGGGGCAGGUGAUCAACAAGUCUUCUUGGGCAUGGCUUGAGCAUGACGGCGAAUUAUUGUCGGAAACCACCACAACUAGAGGACAUCCCUUAGUGAUAUUUGGUGGACGAGAGACAUCUGACACGUGCUCGUCGUGCGCGCAACAAGAAGUAGUGUCUCAUUGUGUCCGCAGAAAUAGCUGAAGGCCUUGAAGAUUCUACAGCGGAGCCGAGUCACGUUGUUGAACGUGCAAUGACUCCCUUUCCUUCGCAUCGUGCCAAGUGGAUGCCCGCUAUCGCACGGGGACGUUUUUCUCGAGAAUAACGGCGCAGACUAAGAUACACCAGCUUGAGGAAGAGAAAGCUCGCUCUGCGGCGCGGGAGGAGUUUGUAAUUGAGCUAGAGCAGCACGUGGCGUACGCAUUGCACAAAGUUUUACCUCUACUCCCAUGCACCGAAUAUAUCUCAGCCGGCGUUGUGAUAGCUAUAGCACAAUUCGAGUUUGAGUUUAAGCGGACAUCAAAAUGA